GGUGACAUUAGACAGGAGAAAGUAGUGAAAUGAAAUCGCAAUUUUGUGUUUGUAUUUAAUUUUACUUCAAAUUGUAGUCAAUUUACUACGAUUACAUAGUGCUAAUACUUAUUUUGUUUGUGUAUUCUAACUGACUGUACAAAUAUAUUUUUAUAGUGUGGAGUAAAAAUGUAAGAUGUCAAACCUUACAUACCUUACCUUGCCUUAGUCUCAGUAAUUUUAAACCUUGUAGUAUUUUGUAGAAUAUAUUAUCGUUACAAUCACAACAUUUACCGAUCAUUAUACAAGUAUUGAACUUCUUAACUCACAACAUUCAUGUAGUUAUGAAGUUUUAGUUCUUUGUAAGUUAUUCUUUGAAUUGCAAUGAAUAACAGAAGUGCAGCAGGACUGCGACGAUCAGCCGUAGCUGAGAGGAUCCGCCUGAGGGAAGAAUGGUCAGAAUUGAAAGGGACACCAGACGAACCACAGACAAACAAUGCCAGGAGCAAUGUGCUGAGAAAACAGAACUCGUUUAAGAAUGUUCUGAAUAAAAAACAGACAAACAGACUACUGUGUAAAAAUAACUAUAUAAGUGAAAAAGAUAUUUCAAAGAGAAUGCAAGCGAAUAGUGAGGUCCUGCACGGCGUGGUGGCUCUGGUGGAUGUGGGGGCGGAGGCCCGCGCGCUGCCGCUCAGGGCUGCGCUGUCCGCGAUGGGGGCUACUGUCGUGCCUUGUUGGAGCCCACUUGUCACUCAUUUGGUGUGGGCUCAAGGCGGGUGUCGAGCCACCCGGGCCAAGGCUCGAGCGCUAGCGUGCCAGCUGGUGUCCCCGCUGUGGGCGGAGGCGUGCGCGGGCGCGGCGCGGCGUCUGCCCGAGCGGGCCUUCCCCGCCGCCGCCAGGGCUUCCGACCUGCCCUCGCCCACGACUCUCAGGCAGCUGCUGAAAAAGGCAGAGAUGGAAAACGUACCCCUACUAGAUCUGCUAUCAGAUAAAGAAGAAGAAAGAGAGAACAGACCAGCUAGACUGCGGUUAUCUAGUGAGACUGACCACGACACAUCUGCAGACACCUCGCGAGACACGUCGAAGGAUACGUCAAACGAUAAAUCGAGAGAUACUACCACAGAUAUAGAAUCCCGCGUGAACACGGCCCCGCGUAGGGCGUUACCUAACUCAUCGGUGCGCACGCGCAGCCCUCCACCGAGCAAAUCAAGAAGGAAACUGUUCACGCAGAGAGAAGCCGAGCUUCUGAAGAAAUCUGAUGAUGAUUCAGAUGGAGACACUCCAGGAAAGCGCGCCAAAACAGCUGUAACUCAAAGGGAUCGCAAGCAACUCGCGCGCGCGGAACGAAUGGCGAAGAAACUUGUCACAGCUUGCUCCACCCCCGCCCCCGCACAGGGCGUCAGUCUACGUACCACUUUGAGGCCUAGGAUUGUACUAACAGGAAUGGAUCGCACAGAGCGACACGCUAUGUGUGAAGCGAUACGAAAACUGAACGGGCGGAUACAAUCGCAUGUCAAUCGGAAAACUACACACGUCUUAUUGGGCUCAUGCACCCGUUCAGAGAGCCCCAACCGUAACUGUUCCGGCGUCACAGCUCUAAACAUCACAAACAAAAAUACUAGUUCCACCAAAACUAGUCCAAAAAAUACUAGGUUCAACACCUGUUCCAGGUUACAUCUAUUAAAAAGCCCAAAAAGCGUAAAUAACGUGACAAGUAAUCCAAUAAAUACCUGUUCCAGAGCAAUGAAUAACGUGAAUAACGUAACAAGUAUUGUGAGUAACGAAAUGAGGGUAGUACACAGGAGUGAAUUGCAAAAAGCGCGUACAUUGAACGCUUUGUUAGGGGCCGUGAGAGGUUGUAGGGUACUGAACGCGCAAUGGGCGUUGGAUUCGGUGGAAAAUAACGCUUGGUUACAUCAUCAUGGAUAUGAGGUGCCGCAUCUGAAGAAAAUUUCACAGAAAGCGCGCAUAGAACGAACAGCGUUUGGCAAAAUGCGUUCAGAAUACGCGUACGAUGUUUUUUAUGGCAUAAAAGUUCGUGUUACAACGAACGCGGAACAAAAAGACGCGGUUAUCCAACUCUUGACGUUGUGCGGCGCAGUUGUUCAAAAUGGCGGCGAUAUAGUUCGACAAGAUGGCGGAUUGACUCAACAUGGCGGGCGAAUGCAACAAAACGUCGGACUAACACAAAAUUGCGGCCGAGUUUUACAACAAAAUGACGGGUUGACUCGAAAUGGCGCCCAAAAUGGACAUCAGAAUUUUGAUUUGACAGUUGGUGUAAGAAAUGGCGAAGUGAGUUCCAAAUGGGUUUUCGACAGUGUCGCCGCGGCUAGAAUGAGAACUACAAGAAGAUACAUUAAUAAUAUACACAAUACAUAAAAUUCACAAGAUGGUGUUAUUUAACAGUGUAAUUAAUAUUCGAUACUUUUGUGUUUAUAAAUAAAAUCGUUAUCCGAUUUUUUUGGAAUGAAAGUUGUAGAUUAAUACAAAUAUAGUGUUAUAAUGAUAUUUUAUAGGUUACCGCAUAAGUUUAACAAUGUUUUUAAUUAUAUCUCGGUAUAUAACACGACCUUUUUAAUCAGACUAAAAGUUGCAUUUUGCACUUAAAAAUGGUGUCGUAUUUUGAUGAAAUGUGAAAGUUUUGAUCAAGUAUUGUGUCCAGUUUUUUAAAUUAUUUACAUUGUAUUAACGUGCAGUGAUAUACGUUGAAGAAUGUAGUUAUAACCUAUAUAUUUUUAUUUUCUUUUUGUAGAAAAUCUUAUACAAUAUUGUAAUGAAAACAAAUAAUAUAAUAUUGGCUAUUUUUCAAAAAUGUCCGUUUUUAUUUAUGAGAUAGCUCGGUAGGAGAUUUAAAAUAAAAAAUGUUCAUUUAGAAAA